AUGGCGACUACCGUUUACGUCAAGAAUGUCGGCAGCCAGACCGACGAUAAGGAGAUCAAGGACUUUUUCAGCUUCUGCGGCAAGAUCGCCUCCAUCGACAUCACCACCGAGGGCAGCCUGAAGUCGGCCACCGUCACCUUCGAGAAGGAGACGGCCGCCCGAACCGCCCUCCUCCUCAACCACACCCAGCUCGGCGGCAACGAGAUCACCGUCACCGGCGACAACAUCUCGACCCCCCCGCACGAGUCCUCCGGCGGCGUCGCCGACACCAGCGAAACCGACCGCGACUCGGUACUCACACAGGAAGAAAAGCCGCGCAGCCGGAUCCUGGCCGAGGUUCUGGCACACGGAUACCUGGUGGCGGACCAGGGCCUGCAGAAGGCGAUCGCGCUGGACGAGCAGCACAACAUCACGUCGCGCUUCGUGGGCACGCUGCGGCAGCUGGACGAGCGCACCCACGCGACGGACCGCGCCCAGGCCGCCUACGCCAGCUACGGCAACUACGUCAUCCCCCCGGCCAACUCGCUGCUCACCGGCCUGGGCUCCUACUUCGAGAAGGCGUCCAACACCCCCACGGGUAAGCGUAUUGUGGACUUUUAUACCACCAGCCAGCGCCAGGUGCAGGAUAUCCACACCGAGGCGCGCCGUCUGGCGGAGUUGAAGAAGGAGGAGACGGGCGGGAGCUUGUAUAAGGGGCUUGGGCUGGACAAGGUGCUUGGCCGAUUCCAGCAGGGCGGUGCGGAGAGGGCGGCUGCCGCGGCCGAGGGGUCCGAGAAGAAGGAUGUUCCCGGUGGCGCGCCGGCCGAUGCGGUGGCGACGGAGAACGCGCAGAAGCCGGUUGCGCCGUCGGGGACGGGGAAUCCGGAGACCAUUCACUAG